GAAGAGCACGUUAUGGUAAAUUUUUAACAGGAUUUGAAAGAAUAAAAAUUUAUCAAUUUAAAAAAAUGUUUUUGUAUUUUAUUAAAUGAAAAUUUGUUUUAAUUGAAUAAAACACAAUUAAAAAAUGUCAGUUUUAAUAUUAAGGAAAUGUGAUAUUUUACUUAAAGCAAAUUUACUACUUCUUGCUCACUCAAAAAAUCAAUUUCUGAGAAAUUAACAAAUGGCUUCUCAAUUUAGGCAAUCAUUUAAAGUUGUGGAUAAGGCUCUUUUAAGAUGGUUUCCUGGUCAUAUGGGCAAAGGAAUGAAACAGAUGCAGCAAAAACUAAAAUCGGUUGACUGCAUUAUUGAAGUUCAUGAUGCUAGAAUACCAUUAUCUGGGCGUAAUCCUGAUUUUAAAUAUACUAUUUCAGGUGUAAGACCUCAUAUUUUGGUCUUAAAUAAAAUGGAUUUGAUUGAAAUGAAGUAUCAAAAAGCUAUAGAAAAGAAAAUAUUAAAAGAACAAAAUGUGUCUAAGGUGAUUUUUACUAAUUGUAAGGAAUCAUUAUGUCCAGGAAUAAAACAAUUAGUGCCUACAGCCCAGAACUUAAUUAAAAAUUCAAAUAGAUAUAAUCGUUCCGAAAAUAAAGAUUUUUGUAUCAUGAUUAUUGGUGUACCUAAUGUUGGAAAAUCUUCUUUAAUUAAUUCUAUUAGAAAUGCGUACUUAGGAAAAAAGAGUGCUGCACAUGUAGGAGCUGUAGCUGGUAUAACUAGAUCCGUUCAAUGUCAAAUCAAAGUUAGCCACAAUCCAUUAAUUUAUGUAUAUGAUACACCCGGAAUAAUGUCACCAUCAAUUAAAAAUGUUGAAACUGGAUUAAAAUUGGCAUUGUGUGCUACAUUAAAAGAUCAUUUAGUUGGAGAAGAAAUAAUAGCAGAUUACUUAUUGUAUUGGCUUAACAAAAAUAAUCAUUUUGACUAUGUUAGUUAUUUGAACUGUGAUGAAGCAACCGACGAUAUUAGAAUUGCAUUAGCUAAAGCUGCAAUACAUCGUCAAUCUAGUAUUAAAUAUCGAAAUUUUGAUGGAUCAUAUAUAUAUCGUCCAGAUAUACUUGGAAUGGCUAGAAAUUUUAUUAAUGCAUUCAGAACUGGAGUAUUUGGGAAACUAAUGUUAGAUGAAGAUUUACUUGAUGCUUAUAAACCCUAUGACUCAAACUACGGAGUAAGUAUCAACGUAAGCCACAUACGUCAUAUGGCGAGGUUUACAGGUCGAGGUAUAAACAGAUUUAAUCCAUGGACUAAUUUACACAAAAUGCAAGAGCAAAAAAAAUCCGAAACAAAAACAGACAGUCAACUGAUGCAGAGCAGUAAGCAUUUAGUAAACAUCCCUAAUCCAUACGAAAAGGAACAACGUGUGUGCAUACUUUGCAAGAUGAACAUCGUUCCGGAUUACAAAAAUACCAGAAUGCUAUCUCAGUUUAUAUCUCGGUUUACCGGUCGAAUUUACGGCAGACACAUAACAGGACUUUGCCGACAUAAACAAGAUCAUGUCGAGAAGGAAAUUAAAAAGGCUAGAGAAGCAGGUCUUUUGCCACAUUACUUUAGAAAUCCGGAAUUUAGUCAUGAUCCAAAGCUCUUCGAUCCAGAUAAUCCAUUCAGGCCUCAUAAUUAUUAAACCCUAUGUUUAAUUUAAAAUAAUAAUUUAUAUAUAGGUGUUCAGUAAGUAAGGAAACAGGCUAAUUGUUACAAACAACAAGAACAUAGAAACCCGUUUCCUUACUUACUGAACUAUCUGUAAAUUAGUUUAUUAUGUGUAAUAAUACAAAACCUACGUAUGUCAAAUAUUUUUUUAAAUUUUAUUUAGACUUACAAGAAAAAAAUACGAGUGAUAUAUUAAAUAUAGCAAUUAACAAAAAC